CAAAAAGACCCGCCUUCACGCUCUUAACAUUUUCUUCAGCAUUAGCAACUGAGAAAAAUCUCCUCUUGUAGAAAAAUCUCCUUCAUCUUCAUUUUGAGUUUUUUGCGAAGUCGAUGGCGACCUUUGAUGAAGUUUCUGCACUACAACAAAUCAGAAACUAUCUGCUUGGAGAAUUUUCUCCAAAAGCAUUCAAUUUUGCUAACCAGCUUAGCAACAAUCCAGCAGUUGGAGUUUUUUCAAGCUCGCAAUCAGUCUCUAACCCCUCUCAAAAUGCUAGCUAUGAACUUCCUCUCACGAUUUCCGAUUGUAGCCAGGAUUCCAUUGAUUUUGAUUAUAAUUCCUUGAAUUUUCAAGAGAAUCUGCUUGAUUUGGAAUCAAAUUCACCGAUGAAUUUCGAGCAAAAUGAUAACAAGUUCACGAACUUCGAAUCAUAUUCUCAAAUUAUAGAUCUGACAUCACCAAAAAUACAACAGAAUUCAACAGCCCCAUCCAGAAAGCCUCCGCUGAAGAUCGAUUUACCUCGGGUGGAGCAAGCCGAAAGGACGACGGUCCAAAUCCAGCUGCCUGCGGAGGAGAACAAACGCUACAGAGGAGUGAGGCGGCGGCCGUGGGGAAAGUACGCGGCGGAGAUCCGAGAUCCGAAACGGCGCGGGAGCAGAGCUUGGCUGGGGACAUUCGACACCGCAGUCGAGGCGGCUAAAGCUUACGACCGAGCGGCUUUCAGGAUUCGCGGGAGCAAAGCGAUUCUGAACUUCCCGUUGGAAGCUUCGAGGCUCAGAACCGAAGAGUCUCAGGCCGCCGGGGACGGUUGCGUGAAGCCAGAGAGAGACGCCGAGGAGACGGUUGUCGUUAGAAAUGACGCGGCAGAGGAAUGGCCCCCAACGCCGUCAAACUGGAACGCCACAUGGGAUCAGAAUUUUAACGGAAUGUAUGACCUGCCUCCGUUAUCCCCUCACUCUGCUUUCGGUUAUCCGCAAAUGGUAGUAAUGUAAGGAAUUUGGUAUCUGAAAUCGGACGGGAUUCAGUGGAACUAAAAGAUGAGGAAAAUCUCGAUGAGCCACUCUUCCCAUUGUAAAAUCAAAACGUCUCCAGUACACGCAAUAAGCCAAUACUAGUCUUUUGAGACCGGAUAAGGUCGUAAUUUGAAUAAAGAUAUUUUUGGAUCUCUAGUCUUAAAAAAAUAAGACAUGUUUUCUUUUGGACUGAAAUUUGUUGGUCUGGUCUGUUUAAGUCUGGUCUGAACUGGUCUAGUCUGGUAAAUGUCUGGUCUCUGUGUAUUUUAUAUUAUCCAAGUCUAGUCUGGUCUAGUCUGUUUAAGUCAGGUCUGGUCAGGUCUAUUUAAGUCUGGUCUGAUCUGAUCUGGACUGAAAACAAUCCAAAAGAAAACAUUCUAAGGCCAUCUCCAACAGUUUACACCAUUUUUUACACUAAAAUGGUGUAAACAUCACAUCAAACAGUAUUUUAUCUCCAACAGUUUAUACCAUUUUCAAUUUUUCAU